AUGUUCAACAAAUUGAAGCUGAGGAAGGCUCCACUUUCUCUUUCAUCGGUAUCAAAUGCAAUAAAAAAUGCUGGUUCUAAUGAUUUGUCACCACAAGACCUAAACCCCAAGAACUUGAAGCUAGCGGUUGGCGAUCAAUUAGGAUUACCUCCGGACUCUAUAGUGACCGCUGCCUACGACCCAGUACAAUCCCUUUUGGCCGUAAGCACAAAGAAAAACACUGUUCAUGUCUUUGGCCAGCAGACUGUGGAAGUAGUAUUUGAAUUUAAGACAUCAAGUACAAUCGACUACUUAAAGUUUGUGAAGGGAGUCUACUUGGUGUGUGUCCAAUCGCUGGGCGGGGUGACUGUGCUUUCCUUACAUUCGAAGAAAAUUAUGGCAAACUAUACCUGUCCAGGUACGAUAACUGCCGUUGAAGCGGAUCCUUCUCUAGACUGGUUGGCGGUGGGUCUCUCUAACGGUUCCAUCGUGUUUUACGAUGUUGACAGAUUCAACCUCACGCCCAUGAGGGUUGACAACCUACAGAAAAUGAUCUUGCCAAAGUUUAAAAUGUCACCUGUUCUCGGUAUACAGUGGCAUCCUCGAGACAUUGGGACCUUAUUAGUUACUUACGACCACUGUGUUGUGCAAUGGUCCAUCGCUCUGGGAACCCUCAAAAACUCAUUCGUUUACCAGCUCACGCGGGAUUGUCGAGGGUUUGAGUACUCAAGUUUUGUCGAAAGAGGUGGAAAGAAGAAGAUUUUCGGCUCAGCCAAGGAAGUGAUUCCCCAGGUAGCCGAGGCUCACUAUCAUCCAAAUGGUCUUCAUAUGGCUUCAGUACACCACGAUGGAACCUUGGUAUUUUGGGAUGUCAAUUCUGCAACAAUACUUGAAGCUAGAACCAUCACAGCUACCGGACUUCACAAACCUGGCGAGCCUGCUGGAAAUCUUAAUUUUGAGGAUGCACCAUUGGCUAUCCACGCAAAGUGGAUUGCGGAAAGGGAUCCUGAGUUGACUCAAUUUCUCGUUUCAGGUGCAUCCAGAUCUGACCCUGAAACAGUGGACGUCCUUGACUUUGGAUUAACUUUAAAGUACAGCUUGACUUCGUAUGAAAAACAAGGCGAGUUCUACUCACGACCUCAGAAUGGACAGAGAAAGAUCCAAGUAUCCUUCAAUCGCAGAUCAAAAGAGGAAGGACCACAUGAGUUCAUCCAGAGCAUUAUUCCACUUGCAGAGGAAGGUCUAUUACACUUCAAUGGUUGUCACAACCCCUCCAGUAUACUUUUCAUAUCCAGCAUGGGGGCAAUUUAUUUGGUAAAUUAUGCCCUCGAUUCGAGUGGUUUGAUCUCUGCUCGCAAUCUACUUCUACCGCCCUCCCUAUCAUUUACAGUGCCCCCUGCCACGUUUUACACAACGAUCUCUGUUAAAAGAAUGGAAUGGUUUAGUGUUCUUUCAGGCAAGGGAAACGCAGCUGGUCGUGCUCCUGAUCAACCAUUAGUCAACGGUGGAGCUCCUGUGAACAAGAAACAACCUAAACCUGUUGGCUACGAUGAGCUCUUUCAUACAAUCGUGGUAACUGGUCAUGAAAAUGGCGAUGUAAGGCUCUUGGACAUCACUGCAGGCGAGUUUCACAAUGAAGAAAAAUUGAUUUCACUUGGGUUUCGUGACACACUCUUCAACGGUAAAGAUUCUAGCUCCUACCGUAUUAGUCAAGUAUCUUGCAGUUUCGAGAGCAAGGAGAUGCUUGUUGGUCUCGCUAAUGGAAAUGUUGCAAUCUGCAAAUACUCAAAAGUCAAUCACAACUCGAGAGCUCGGCCACCUGCAAAUUCUGGUUAUGGUCAAUGUCCCCUUCAACAUCAAAAUGGUGAUGUUCAGAUUGUAAGUUUGAAAGAGAGAGUCCUGGGCCCGUUCGCUCCCUCGAGCUUCUAUCCGGAGUUUCUUUUACUAAGUCCAAGUAAGGACAAGCUUACUAGUCUAAAGAUGUGUCAGGCAGGAUUUGCUGCAAUGGGCUACAAAUCUGGAAGGCUUGUUGUAUGUGAUGUUUCAAGAGGUCCAGCAGUGAUAUUAAAUCAGGAAUCCUUGUCAUCCUAUGUUCCGUCUGUUUCGGGUGAGUGUUAUGUGACAUCGAUUGAAUUCGCUAUCAUGGAAUACGGCCAAGAUGGGUAUUCUUCUCUUCUUAUGUUCUGUGGAACAAGUGCAGGAGGAAAUCUUCUAGUUUUUAAAAUUGUACCCUUGCCAACAGGAGGAUUCCAGGUACAGUUGGCAGAUAAGACCAUUGGCCUCAACUAUCGCAGUUCUGACAGUAAUACUGAAAGCGGUCUCGACAAAAUUAUUCCGGUUAAUGUCUCGAAUGGAUCUCUGGCUGUUGCGACUCUCGAUGUGUUUUUGAGAUUAAGUCAGGGUAUUAUAGUCAAUGCGAUCAUUGUGACGAUCUCCUCGAGAGAUAUAAGAGUUCUUAAAGCUCCUAAGCAGAAGUUGGCACACAAGGUGAUAGAUGAUGUUUGUAUCGCCAGUGGCCUUGUGACUUUUCGUGGAGGAAAAGGGGCACUUUUGGCAGCAUUGACGAGAACCGGCUUCAUAAAGCUUUUCUCGCUACCUGCGUUGAGUGAAGUUGCAGAUGUAAAAUUACCAAAUGAAACAUAUAAGCGAAUUCAGCGCGCUUUAGAGGGACGGUCAAGUUCUGGAUCUGAGAUUUUGCAGUCUGGAGAGAUUCUUCUUAAGUUGAGCUCAACGGAAAUCCUCGACCUUCUUCUCUAUAAUGACAAAACUCAUAGUGAGCCGAAGGAGAAACUCUCAGAUUUAUUGUUUAAUGAAAAUGCGAUAAUGCCUCCUCGGCCAGCUACAAGCGCAUUACUGUGGGCGAAGGGCCAGACAACUUACGUUUCUCCGAACGAUUUGACCUUGCUAAUUGCGGGACCCAAUAGAAAGCCUGCAAAGCAUAUGGAAAGUCAGAUGGCUUACAACAUUAGUCCGGAAGCGAACCCAAAUCAGUCAUUUGCAUAUGGCGCUCCAUCUACAAAACCCAACAGAGAGCAGAAUACUUAUGAAAAGCCAGUAAGAAAGGCGGGAAAUACGAACCCAUAUGCAUUUGGUACACUGGGAUUUAUGAAAUCCGUGCGAGAUGGGAUGGACUAUGUUGAAAAUGGUAUUAAUGAUUUUGGUAGUGGUCUCUCGGAAUCAAUGACAGAGACUGCCGAAAGUACCAAAAAUCAUUUUACUCACUGGCUGUCAAGUCUAAAUUUGGAUUCUGAGUGUAGAAAAGCCAAGCGAAGCUGA